CAUAUCCAAACUGGCUCCCGGCACAACUAUUUUGAAUAAGAAGUUUAUCAGCACUGUCAAAGGAUGGCAUCCAAGAUGAAGGACCGCAAGAGAACUCCCAUCUCCCAUAAAGUGAUAGAAAAAAGAAGGAGAGACCGUAUUAACCGCUGCCUAAACGAAUUGGGGAAAACUGUGCCAAUGGCUCUUGCGAAACAGAACUCGGGAAAGCUGGAGAAGGCCGAGAUUCUGGAGAUGACAGUUCAGUAUCUACGUGCGCUACACUCCGCGGACUUCCCCCGGGGCAGAGAAAAAGGUGAGCUACUAGCGGAAUUUGCCAACUAUUUCCACUACGGUUACCAUGAGUGCAUGAAAAAUCUGGUGCACUACUUGACCACCGAGGAAAGGGUCGAGACCAAAGACAUCAAGUACGCAAGGAUCCUGGCCUUUCUCCAGUCCAAGUCUCGGUUUAUCACAGAGCCGGUGUUCGGCUCCUUGGGUGCGUUGCCUGACCCCACAGACUAUCUGUGCCAAUUGCACUCCUCACCGGAAUCUCACCAGAGUCACAGUCCCAGCGACUCCGUGUUUCAGCAGAGCCCACCUGGACACUUCUCGUGGCACAGUACGGCGCGCAGCCCAACCAUCACGUAUCCAACCGUGCCGCUUUCCGCGCCAACGCAACAACACCACGGUGGCUACCUAUCACCAGUUCAAGGACUUGACCAUCACUAUUUCAACUUUUUUAACGGCCACACGCACGCGAAUGCGUUCAGUUUGCACAGUGCGCAACAUGCGUUGUAAAUAGAAACCAGCUGCCAUUUUGUUUUGUCUUUAUUUAUA